AUGUCCGACUCUGAGCCUGCCUCGCAGCCUCGGCGGUCCCAGCGCGAUAAGCGCCAGUCUCAGCCUUUUCUCUCCAGCUCGCAACUAAAGCGGAAACGGAGCGACGACACCGACGACGAGGGUGCGACGGACGCUGUUUCUGAACACAAUGACGAGCCCAGUGAUGAGGAAGAAGAGGAAGAAGAAGAGGGAGAGGCGUAUGUUGCGCCGAAGAAGACUGCCGCUGCGGGUGGCGCCAAACGCGGCAGAGCCAAGGCAGCGACCACGACGACCCGCACUCGUGCACCCAAAGCAAAGCCGGCGACAACUACCACUCGCGGUCGCCGGAAACCCCGGGCCGGUGCGGAAUACGAUGCGGACGCUGUGGCGAAGGAGACGAGGUUGAACACGGAUAAUGCUCUUUUCAACGCCAUUAUGAACCCAUCUACUGCUCUGAAACUCACCGCAGAGGAGUUCAUGGACUCGCUCUCAAACGACCCGAAUACUGCACUAGCCGACCUGGUGAACUGCAUGUUCCGCGCCUGUGGUUGCAACGAGUCUGUCAGCCCUGAUGUGGCGGUGGACGAAGACGGCGUGGUGGACAGGCUGGACGAGAUAACCGAACUCUUGAAGCAGGACGACUCGCCCGUCUACCCUCUAACCUCGAAACUGCCCAUGUUCAAGAAGUUCCGCAAGUCCCUCGCAGAGUUUCUUCACAGACUUGUCGCCGCCUCGGCCGAGACGGGGCUGAUGUAUACAACUGUCUUCAUCGACGUCUUCAAGCACUGGGUCGCAGCCAUGUCCUCCUCCCAGGUCCGCUCUUUCCGUCACACAGCUACUGUGCUGGCGCUCGAGGUCGAGACCGCUCUCUGCGACGUCGCUGCGGCCGUGGACAAAGAAGCUAGCACGACUGAACGUCAGCUAGAAGCCGAGAAGAAGCGGAAGGGCAGUGCGGGCGCAAAAGCCAAGGGCGCCAGCCGCGUCAAAGAGCUCGAGGCCAAGGCGGCCGAGAUCAGCGAACGCAAGGAGAACCUAACGGAAACUCUCAAAGCGCUUACCGACGGUGUAUUCGUAAACCGAUACCGCGACCUCGACCCGGCAAUCCGUGCCGAAUGCAUCCACGCACUCGGUCAGUGGUUCGCGAAGUACCCGGCCUACUUCAUCCUCGAAGGCAACUACCUCCGCUACGUCGGCUGGACACUUUCGGACCAGAACAACCCCGUCCGGCUCGAGUCCGUUAGAGCGCUCGCGAACAUAUACGAUAAUCCGGACCAUAUUGGCAGUUUGCAGGCGUUCACGGAGAGGUUCAAGACAAGAUUCGUAGAGAUGGCGGAGAGGGAUACGGACCUAGCCGUUAGGGUGUCGAUGAUUCAAGUUCUGAGCGCUAUCGAUGCUCACGAGCUGCUCAACGACGACGAGAGGGAGGAACUGUGCCUGCUAGCUUACGACCCCGAGGCUCGCGUACGGAAGGCUGUGAGCGGGUUUGUACAGGGCGUAUGGGCCGACCUUGUCAAAGAACGCCUAUCCGGGCGCAAAGCGAGCGAGCAGGAGACGAGCCGUGCGGGCGUGAAGGCGCUGGGCACACUACUCGUAAGGCUGGGCAAGGCGCUCGAGAAGAAAGUGGAGGAAGAGGAGGAGGACACAGCCGACGAGAUGAGAGCGGAUGGCGCGUCUGGUCUGUUAAGGCUGGGGCACCUCAUGGCGAUUGUCAAUGGCGAGAGCAAGAGCCGGGUCGCUUUUGCUGUCGAGGCCCUCUGGGAUGACGUGGAGCCCGUGAGGGAUUGGGAGGCCCUGCUCGAUGUGCUUCUACUUGAUCACUCUGCUGAGGAGGCAAAUCAGGGCCAGGGAAGGAAGAGGAAGGGCAAGGCGAAGCCGACGCAGAGCGAUGCAACUGUCGACGAGGCGUGGAGGUUGGAGGAGGUUGAGGAGGCGACAUUACUGGAAGUUCUUGUUACGUCUUUGAGCAAGGCAAAGGCGGACGCUGUCGCUAGCACGAAGAAGAACGAAGGAGAGAAUGUCGUCUCCGACAUCACUCGUGCACUCAUCAAGGGCCUUCCCGCGCUUUUCGCGAAGCAUCAAGCAGACGAGAAGCGCAUAGCCCAAGUACUCCUCAUUCCACCGCUCAUGGACUUCGACCUGUACCUCGAGAUGCGCAUGAUGACCGCGUACGAAGCCCUCUGGGACGACAUUAUCAAGCAAUUCACCUCUCAUUCUUCGCCUACGAUCAUCUCGCACUGUAUAACAUCAAUCCUGCACCUGCUCGAAUCCACAUCCCUCUCUGCCAUCAACACAACCAAACUGACCGAACUCUCCGACGAGCUCUCCAGUUCACUCCGAGAACUCGUCGCGGGGCGGGAAGAGUUGGCUAUCACCAGUCUGAACGAGGACGAGGUCGGGCAUCUCAGCGCAAUAUGUUCGAGGAUCGCGGCGCUGGUGCAAAAGAGGGAUAUGGGCGAUUGGAUGGAGGAGGAUGAAGGGGGAAAGCAGAGCAGUGUGGCUGACAUCGUCAACGCGUUGGCUGAUCGUGGGAAGUUGGGGUACAGGGAGGAAGAGACGAUGGUUCAGGAAUGCCUCGUCACUCUUUCCGUACACUUCAUGUGGAAAGCCGUUGCUCUACCUGAGGAGACCGAGGAAGAGGUGCCUCUGCAUGAGACAUACAUCGAACAACGCGAGGUAUUCCUCAAGAAACUCGUCGAGUUCGCUGUGGGUACACAGUCCAAUACGUCCGAAGAGGUCCAACGAGUGGGGUUCAAACAGCUCAUGCACAUCCACGUCUUGUUCAGCCAAAGGGCGUCGCCGGAUCCCCUACUUGCUUUGGCGCUGGAUGAGGAGGUCCAGGACAGGUGUACCGUAUACAUCGAAGCGGAGAUCGAGAGGUUCGCGGAGGAGAUUGAAGAGCUGACGGAUGAAGAGGAGAGUCAGGAAGAGGAGGAAGGCUCAGAUGCGGAGGACACGCAGACGAUCAAGAAGCGCAAGCGGGCAGCAAACGGCAACGCGAAACCCAAACCCACUGCGAACGGCGCGAACGUCCGACGCACGCAACUCGAGCGUCAGCUCCUCUUCAAUGAUCUCGUCAAUUCGUUCACACGCGCAAUCGUCACGGGCGCCAUUCAUCCCAAACAUGGCAAGGUCAUCUUCGUGCACUAUGGCCGCCUGGGCAAGAUGUGUGACCUGGCGAGUGCGAAGGCGCUGAUGGAGUUCGUGAGGGAUUCCGGUUUGUAUGACCAGCAGGGGGAGAUGGUCGUCUCGAUCGUCAUCGAGUCGCUGCGCGAUGCGUUCAAACUGCAUCUAGAAGGUGUUGUAGGCGACGAGACGCAGUCAGUGGCGCUCGCCAAGCUGCUCGUGGGAACACUGAUGAAGCGUGGCGCGCACCUUUCCAUCGAGCGCAAGCUCCCAUCGGAACAUAUCGUCUCCAUCCACACUACCUUGCUCUCCUGGAUCAUCAAGCAGGUCGGCGGGCAUGAGGUCAAUAAGAACAAGAAGGCGAGGAACUCUGCCAUCCUGUUCUUCCGCGUGUUGCAGCCUUUGUUGGGACCAGUCGAUGAGCGCGAUGCUCUGAGAAUUAAGGCGCACAUGGAUCAAGCACUUGCGCAGGCAAAGUUGCAGGUCUCAGCGACAUCGCCCGUGUGGGAACCACAACGCGCCUAUGAGCGCCGAUUGAAUAACAUAAUGACCAAGGGCAAAGGUGGCGCUGGAAGGGGCAAGAAGGCCAAGACGACCGCGAACCCGACCACCACGGACGAGGAGCUAUCCGGCCUGUCCGAGGCAGAGAUCGAGCAAGACCUCGCGCCAGCGCCCAAACCUCGUCCACGCGCCCGACGCAUACGCAACACCCGCGCCCGUCAAGCCUCUGCACCGCCUUCCGAACCCGACGAGCCGGAACCUCAACCCCGUACGCCUGCCAGACCCAUACGGAAGAACCCCUCGCCAAGGAAAGCCGUCACGUCCUCCGAAUCACCAAAUAAGACGCCGCAACGGCGCAGCUCGCGCGCGCCCUCCGAAGCCAUGGAGGAGGACCGUGAGGCAACUCCCAAGGCGUCUACCUCUACAAGACGUAAACGCGCGCGGGAAGAGGAAGAGGACGAAGAGAUGACGGAUGACGUCGUGCCGCCGUCGCCAAUCUCGAACGGCGUGCGUGCGAGUCCCGUGGCCCCACCUUCGCCAGCGAGCUCGCAGGCGAGCGUGAGGAUCACGCGUAAGCGCGCGAGACGAUGA